AAACAGCUUAGUUUCAAAUGUUAUUUAAUUCAGCAACGCUAAACAUCAAUUAAAUUUAUGUCUUUUUGUUUUUGUUUAUGUGCUAGUUAAAUAUAAAUUAGUGUAAAUGUGUCAUUAAGUGUUUGUAAAAAACAGUACUUACAACCACUUUAAACAUCUACUCGGUUUACCUCCAUUUCGUGAACUCUCAAUCUCAGCAUUAAUUUACAUUAGUUGAAUGGUUCUGACUGGCCAUUGAAUUAAAGGAAACAAUGGUUAAACAUAGAGUCAAUAACUCUGCGAAAGAUUCGAAAGAGAUUCGUAAAGUAAACGAAUUUGAACGUCGGAAAAAGGAAGCAGAAUUGAUAAACAAAAUAAAGAGGAGCGUUCCAUUUUUUAAAAGAAAUGCCAAAUGUAAUAAGAAGGAGUUUCUCAGGACUAUUACUGGAUACGUCAAAUUGUUUCACAGCUUCAAAAAUACAAGUGUACAGCCAUUGCCAUUGAAAUUAGAUGAAGUUUUUCAAUCGCUGGUGCGCUCCGAUGAAAUCAAUGUGUUCGUUUGUGAUGGUGAUUUGAAUAUGAUUUUCUGCAGUGAUUCUGCGUUCGCUAGCUUAGGCUAUCAGUGGAAUGAUGUCUACAAUAAAAAACUUUCAUCUCUGGUUUAUGGAAGAGACCAAGAUGCCUUUCAAAGGCAGAUCAAUGCUCUCAAAGAGGACGUUAUUGAAUCAAUGCAGACCAAAGACUUUAACAUAACCUGCAGAAUGGUCAUGAAAAAGAAAUCCAAGAUCCCAGAAGGCCAUCACUUGGUCAGAAUUACCGGUACGAUUGAGUAUCAGAGGGAAUUAGUUACUCAAAAAGUAGCUAUUCAAAAAGCCAAAAAUACGCAUCUAUCAAUUAGAUAUGAAGAUUCACCGGACCAUGAUUCAGCGAUUAAAAUUCGAGGAUCGAUUGGAUUGAUAAAGGAUCCAGACUUCUUAACCUCACAAAUUGAUUACAUCUUGCGUAACAAUAGCGAAUAUCGUCUUGUUAUGGAUCCUAAUGGUGUAAUUUUGUUUGCUUGCCAUCGUAUUGUAAGCAACCUUGGAUACACACCUGAGGAAGUCAUAGGAAAAUCCGCUUAUGAGUUUAUGUACGCAGCGGACAGGCAAAUGUCACUUUACGCACAUGCAGGAACAUUGCGCGACAACGCCGGUGUCAUUGUUCAUCGUUUAAAGGAUGUGUGCGCUAGAAUUGUUUACCUAAGAUCUGAGGGCAGAUUGGAAAAAACUGACGAAUAUAUUUUCUUUCAUAUAGUUGCUACACUUUUAAGUGAAGAGGAAGGGGAAAAACUACUUCGGCAAUACGAAGCUGAUUUAAUGCCACAAUGCUAUAAUAAGACGGUCCAAGAGUUACAGGCUAAAGUAGACAAUGUUGCUAAUGAAAAGCUGCUUCAAUUGGAAAAUCAAUUAGCAGCUGCUAAAAUGGUUGAUGGCUGUGACAAUAAAGCAGCCAAUUCUUCUAAUGAUAGAUUAAAAGCAUCCACCUCGGACAUCUCUUCAUCCCCAUGUUCAUCAAGCAUGAAUUCUGCAUUCCAAGGAACCCUCAAUGAAUCCACCGAAAAUGAAUUUGUCGAAAUUGCCUCAAAUGCGCAAUCAUCACCACCAGGUCCAUCUUCACAAUCGUCAAAUCUAUCAACUUCAUCGUCAUCUGUACCCACCCUAUCGCCUUCAACAAGUGUACCAUCUUCAUCAACACAAUCACCUUUAUCCCAAUCUCCCUCAUCUCAACCAUGUUCAUCUCAAUCUCCUCCAACUUAUUCCCUGACACCAGAGUCGCAAUUUACAUCCGACUCAUCCUCUAUGUCACAAUCAAUGCCAUCAUCUGCUUCAUUAUCGAUAAAUUAUCCUGUAUAUGCCACCAUGAAUCCCUACGUUCCUCCAACUGUUAUGAACAGUUUCCCUACAAAUCAGCGUAUCCUACAAAAUCAAUAUUAUCAGUUUGGAACUAAUCAACUUUGCGGAAUGACUUCUGGACAAAAUGCUUUUGUUACCAACCCUAAACAAAUGCACAUUAUCAUAACUCAAUGUACAAUCUCCGAUCAACAAACCUUUUUCAGCGCCCCAGUCAACAACCCGCAAAUAAUUUUUCAACCCACCUUCCCUCAAUAUCAAACUUAUAACUAUAAUCAAGAGGUUCAAAAUAUUGUCGGUCUUGAUAUAAACCAAGAACUACAAAGAGUUAAUGUUAACGAUUUUGUUUCCAGUUGUGACUAUGAACCCGAACUAGAUCUCAAACAAUAAAUUACAGUGUAAUUACACUUAACCGAUAUUUUUGGAGAUACUCCAUCUAUUAGAAUAAUUAAAACUUUUCUCUUAUAAUUCUCUUUCUCACUUUUCAUUUUAAUUUUGUUCAAUCAGAAAGACUAAGAAAUCAGAACAAAAAAGACAGAAAUACUAUUGUCCAAAGAAAAAAGUAUUAAUUAUUCCAAUAGAUGGAGAGUCUCCAAAACAUCGGUUAAGUGUUAUUUUACUGUACAUUCAUAACAAAAACAGGAAUUAAUUUUAUCCGACUCUUCUCUCUUAUAUACUGUCGUCAUUGAGAAACUGAAAUUGUAAACACAGUGAACGAUCACAAGAAGAAAAGUUCAGUUCAUGAGUAUAAUUUAACAGUUACUCAAUAAAAUUUUAGUUUCAUUUUCUCCUUUUUAGUAAAAGUUUUCAAUUUGCCUCAAUAAAUAGCUUAUUGCUAUUUUAAUACUUUACCUGGUUGUUCACUGUGCUCAAAUACAAGAUUGAAUCAUGUCCAAUUUACUAAUUUUAGUUUAAAUUAUGUUAACUGAUUUUAAUUACCGUUGAAUGUUAUGAAUUUUUCAACCAAUAUUUUGUUAAUACAAACUGAAUCAAAUCUCUAAAUUAUAAAUGUAAUUCGAUUGUAAACAAAAAGUAAAAAUAUUACUCUUUGUACAUCAAGUCUCCUCUUCGAAGACAAUUGUAAAGUUGCUGUUCCUCAAAUGCGACUCAUGAAAUCAAUUCGAAAUCACCAAAUAAUCAUUGAAAUACUGUAAUCGAUCAGUUGUAAUCAUUGUUCCCUUGACGUUGUACAAAAUAUUUAUGCCAUUAUUUCUUGAUGUAUCACAAAAUGAUCAAUGUUCAAAUCAAAUUAAAUUUAUUUCCAAGUUAUAA